UGUAGCCGCCUGUGGCUGUGCUCAGGAAGGAUCCUUCUCGCCUCCUCCUCCUCCCGUCCCUCCCUCCUCAUAUCCCUCUGUCCCUGCCUGACUCCCCUCAUCCCUUCCUCCUCCUCCCGGCAUCUGCCCCCCCGUGACGUCGCUGGCCGGCAAGCUCCUGCGCACUGACUGCUGCUGCCCCGGUGGUAGCGGCGGUCGUAGUGUUGGUAAGGGGCAGGCAGCACGCUGGGUGAGGGCAGGCGGCGGGAUGAGGCUGAGCUGAGGUCGGCUCCGGGAUGGAGAGUGCGCUGCUGUGCGAUGAUGAGAUCUUGCUCCGCACAGAGCAAGAGUUUCACUUCGCAGCAAAAACGAACAACACUGAGAAGAUGCUUCAGUUGAUAAAGAGAGGGGUGGAUGUCCGAGCCAAGAACAGUGUAGACAGGACAGCCCUACACUGGGCAGCAGGGGCCGGACAAGAGCAAGCAGUGAAGAUGCUGUUGGAACAUGAUGUGCCUGUGGAUGAAGAGGACAAUUUCGGAAUGAAUGCACUAUUGCUGGGAACGUGGUUUGGCCACCUUAGGGUCCUGCAGAUGCUUGUCAAUGCUGGAGCCAAAAUCAGCUGUGAGAACAAGAAUGGGCUGAACCUGUUACACUGUGCGGCACAGCGAGGUCACAUCAAGGUCUUAGAGUUUAUUAUGGAGGAUCUGGAGAACAUCAAGGUAGAUAAGGUGGACAAGCUCGGCCGGACGGCGUUCCAUUUGGCAGCCGAACAUGGCAAGAUGGAAGUAGUGGAAUUCUUGAUAGGUUCUGGAUGUCAGCACAGCAUAAAGGACAAGGAGAACAACACAGCCCUGCACCUGGCAGCUAAGAAUGGGCACACCGAAGUCUUACAGAAAAUAGUGGAAAUUGGAGUGGAGCUGAAUGAGAAAAACCUGGAAGGACUGACGGCUUUGCAUCUUGCUACCGAAGGAGGACACGUUGACUGUGCCAGAAUACUUAUAGGAGCUGGCUGUGAUGUGAACUUGCAAACAGAGAAGGGGAUGAAUUGCCUCCAUUAUGCUGCUUUCCAUGGUUAUGAAGACAUAGCCAGGAUUCUUAUUGACGCAGGAAUUAACAUCAACGCGGUGACCAAUCAAAAGUCGUCUGCUCUGCACAUCUCUGUCCUGCAGAACUUCCCAUCCAUGGUGAAGCUUUUCAUUGACUGCGAGUGCAACCUGGACAUUACGGAUUAUAGACUGCAGACCCCUCUCCAUAUUGCAGCAGAAAAUGGGCGGCAAGACAUGGCUGAAAUGAUCCUCAUUGCAGGAGUAAACCUGAAGCUACAAGAUAAGCAAGGAAAGACUUCGCUUGACGUGGCUGCUCGUGGGAAUCACAUCAACUUGGCCGACAUGAUUAUCAAAGCAGAUCGGUUCUACAAGUGGGAGAAGGACAAUCUGAACAGUGAUUCGGACUCCUGGCUGGCCAGACAUUUGACCUUCAGACAGGAUCACCGCCUGGAAACACAGCACAUCCGCUCCGUCAUCUGGAGACUCGCGACUAAGUACCUGAAACCCAAUGAGUGGAAAAAGCUGGCACAAUACUGGAAGUUCACUGAUGCCCACAUUCGUGCAAUAGAGCAGCAAUGGACAGGAAACAAAAGCUACCGAGACCACGGGCACAGGAUGCUGCUGAUCUGGCUGCAUGGGGUGGUGAUGGCUGGAGAUAACCCAGUAAAAGGAUUAUAUGAGGGGCUGGUUGGCAUCGGGAGGAGAGAUCUGGCAGAAAGCAUCAGAAAAAAGGCAAAUGCGGAUGAUUCCUCCCCGAAGAAGUGUGCAGCCAUGUAAUGGCUGCCAUGGCGAGAUCUUCCCUAUGUGGAGAUGACACCACUACCUGGGCUACACGCCUCAGAGACUGAUGUUCAGUCAACAGCACUAUUACAGCAAGGGCUGCUACUAAAUCCAAAUACCAUUCCUGUUGUGCCAUUUGCAUACAAACCUCAAAGUACUUUGGAGAUCUGACACACUUGUUUAAGGCACAAUUUAGAUGUCUGAUUUGUCAAAAUAUUACAGUAAGAACAGGUAAUUUAUUACUGGAAAUGUACAUCGUCUGUGGAUUCUAACGCACGCUAAUGAUGUAUUUUGGGGGUUAAAAAGAGCAGGGCUUUAACAAGCUACAUUUUCUAAAGACAUUUUGUAUGCAAAGGGGUGGGGGUGGGGGUAGGGGUAGACGUUUUUACACUUUUGUGAAAGAGACCAAAAGAUGAUUGUGAUUCCUCAUGCAGAAUAUUUCCAGGUGCUUGAAUCUAGAGAGCAUAAAGCAUUGGAGAAAAUGCGUGCCGCCAGUAUUUGUGUACGUUUAUAAAGCAUUUUAGGGAUUUUUUUGUAAGAAUCUCUCUUUUUACCCUUUUGUUAAACUAGAGAAAGAAAAAUGUUUUGUAUAUUUGAAGCAUUUCACACUAUCUUAUCCAAAGCCACCAGAAAAUAGGCAAGGCUGUCUAUGUUGAAGGUACUUAGCUUAAGUAAUAUGCUAUACGUUGUAAUGUUUAAUUUUAUUUCAAAUUGUGGCAAGCAGUCAUCACCAGAUUUUGCAUGCUACUUGUUCCUAGACAAAGGGGGAGAUGUUCCAAGACUUGGUAGCAUAUGCAUCAAUGCUUGGAGAGUGAUAAAGUAAAGAGAGAAACUACCAACAAAUCAGCUUCUGACUGUCAUUUUUCAAACACAGCCUGUAACAUGGCAGUUAGGAGCUGAUUGGCUGGUACUUUGUCUCUCUCCACUUUAUCAUUCUCCAAUGCUUGAUACAUCUCCCCCUAAGCCUGAACUAAAAAGUUCUAUUCCAGAACAAAAAUAAAGUAUAAUCUGGGGAGUUGAAAGAACUCUUAUGGAGACAUGUACUAAGCAGUGAUAAAAGUGGAGAAGUUAGCCAGUGGAUACGUUUCCCAUACCAGCCAAUCAGCUGCUCUAUAUACAUUUAUAGUAUGCAAAUUCUGAAUGUUACGUCAAUGCUGAUUGGUUACCAUGGGCAACUUCUCCACUGGCUCACUUCUCCACUUUUAUCACUGCUUAGUACAUGUCCACCAAAGAGAGGAUUACAUUACAUUCUUUGGGUUAACGAUGUUGCACUCUUUGGGAGCCAUUCAGUUCAGCACGAUGAUGUUGAAUAGCACCGGGGUGAGUGCCCAAAGCUACUCAAUCAGCCGCGCUGUAAUAGUAAUAAUAAUGGAAGCAUCAAGAAAAAUAGUGCUUGUGUAAUUUUCUAUAGUUUCUCACAUUCCAAUGCACCCAAGAAAAACCUCUCAAUAGAUAUAACCUAACUAUAGUACUUGUUGUUGUGAAGGAAGGGAGAAGAUUAUGAGAGUGCGGAUUCAAAUACAGUAGAUUAAUCACAAGCAGAUUGGUCACUUAUGACUAUACUAUUUAUUUAGUUUCCACAAAACGGCAGCAAUUUUCAAGUUUUAGGUUUACUGUCUUUUCCAAAUAUUUGCUCAGUUAUAGGUAGCUACAUUUUAACGAACUAUACAAUCGUGCACCAGAAUCUUUUUUAUUGUCUGAUUUUAGAGCUUAGAAAGCAAUUUAAUUGAAAACCAUUAGAAAGUACAACAUGUUCCUCAACAAGCCAUGUACCUCUAACAGCAGCUUAUGAAGCUUUGACUGCCUGUUCCUAGUUGUGCUACGGAUGCCAAAAACGCCAUUAUUUUGUAAAAUAAGCCACACAUAGUGUAAUGUUAUCUUUUGUUACUGCAGAAGAGCAGGGGUUAUAACUGCCUCGACCAACAUUCAGCCUUAGGUGCCAGAUGUUACUAUAUCACAUGGUGCUUUAACAGAGCCUCCUGACUCUGUGCUGAUACUAUGCAAAUACUUCUUCAGCAGAGCCACGUGGAAUCUAUGGCAGAUUUUUAGCUCCAGAAUAUUGGGCACUUUUAUUUAUAAACUUGUUAACAGCUCAACAAAAGAUUUUUUAAAUUCUAGAUGCAAACUUGGGGUAAAAUUAUUCUAUUAAAUUUCUGUUUAGAUUAUGAGUGUUGCUGUAUACACAGUAGUACGUGCAGAGAGAGAGGAGAACAGACCAUAAAGUCCAUCUGUCGCCUACACCCGGAUAAGGCAGCUAUUUUAUAGUGGUAAACUGAACAACUUAUAAAAUAGCUCCUUCCUCUGUGACGAGGCGACAGAUCUAUGCUUGUACCUGCAACUCAUCAAUAGUUAACAUUUUCUUAAAUACUGUAAAAUUGUAAUACUGUCUGGACUGUUUGUUAAAAGGAGAAAACAGCACAAUAGUAGACAAAUAUUGGGGGUGAUUCAGACCUGAUCACUGCUGUGCGUUUUAGCAAUAGACUGCGUAUGCACCGCAAUGCGCACGCGCGUCGGCCAACAACAACGGCAUUGCCGGUCAGCGACAGGAUGGUGUGAAAAUUUCAUUUGCACGGGCAUUCGCAAGGAUGUUGACAGGAAGAGGCUGUUUGUGGGUGGUAACUGACCAUUUACUGGGAGUGUCCAGAAAAACGCAGGCGUUCCCAAGCGUUUUCAGGGAGGGUGUCUGACGUCAGCUUAGGCCUCGAACAGUCCAUUCUCAUCGCACUGUAGGAGUAAGUCCUGGGCUGCACACAGACUGCAGACACUGGGUUUUUGCAGCUCAGCGUACACAUGCGAUCGCACACUUGCACGGCAACUAUCUGAACGCGGGACAGCAAAGUUAGCAGCCCAGCGAUCAGGUCUGAAUCACCCCCAUUGCUCAUCUUGACUGGAACUGGCUGCUCCUCAUAUCUGCACAGAAGCAGCACAAGCAGUGGGAAUCCUGCACAUCUGGCACCAACGACCCAGGUAAAGUUUAUUGAACAAUUACAUUAUGUUAAUGUUGCAUCUAGUGACUUUACACUAUGGGCAAUGGACACGGUGAGACAAAAAUAAAAUGCUUGGCAUUGCGAGAACUGGCUCAUUUGAUAAGAUAGACUGGACGUGGUCAGACCAUGCUGCUAAGGAGUAGAGAGGGAAGGGAUUGUCUGUGUCAUGUGCUAUUCUGUUAAAUAAAUUGUGCCCUAUAAAACA